ACCUUCCAUUUUUGUAGCUUCAACUUUGCAGCUGCUCUGUCUCUUUGGCGUCUAGGAAGAAAACUUUUCACAUUAAGAGUUGCUGAUGCGGAUUUUCUUUUCGUCCCCGUCUCUGCGUUGAUGAACGCCUGGAUCCUGACAGAGACUAUUUGGCUGUCUGCUUUGUAGUUCGGAAGAACUUGGGUUUAUAGAUUUCCCCCUAACUCUCAAUUGAUGUGUUGAGCUUCGGAGGAAAUACCACCUUCUCUAAAAGCAUGUUGUCACCUCAAGGCGUUCUCCUGCAUCCUUACGGCGUGCCUAUGAUCCUUCCAGCAGCUCCCUACUUCCCUGGACUGAUUCAGGGUAACCAGGACGCAGCAGUAGCCCCGGACACCAUGGCCCAGCCUUAUGCUUCGGCCCAGUUCGCACCCCCCCAGAACGGCAUCCCCGCGGAAUACACGGCCCCUCACCCCCACCCCGCACCAGAGUACACGGGUCAGACCACGGUACCGGAACACACGUUAAACCUGUACCCUCCCGCCCAGACGCACUCAGAGCAAAGCGCAGACACCAGCGCGCAGACUGUCUCAGGCACCGCCACACAGACAGAUGAUGCAGCACCGACAGAUGGCCAGCCACAGACACAACCUUCCGAAAACACGGAAAACAAGUCUCAGCCCAAGAGGCUGCACGUCUCAAAUAUCCCCUUCAGGUUCCGGGAUCCGGACCUUCGACAAAUGUUUGGCCAAUUUGGUAAAAUCUUAGAUGUUGAAAUUAUUUUUAAUGAGCGCGGCUCCAAGGGAUUUGGUUUCGUAACUUUCGAAAAUAGUGCCGAUGCGGACAGGGCGAGGGAGAGAUUACACGGCACCGUGGUUGAGGGCCGUAAAAUCGAGGUAAAUAAUGCCACAGCGCGUGUGAUGACAAAUAAAAAGACCGUCAACCCUUACACAAAUGGCUGGAAAUUGAAUCCAGUUGUGGGUGCCGUCUACAGUCCCGAAUUCUAUGCAGGCACGGUGCUGUUAUGCCAGGCCAAUCAGGAGGGGUCCUCGGUGUAUAGCACCCCCAGUUCACUUGUAUACACUUCCGCAAUGCCAGGCUUCCCGUAUCCAGCCGCCACCGCAGCUGCAGCCUACCGAGGUGCGCACCUGCGUGGGCGUGGCCGCACGGUGUACAAUACCUUCAGGGCCGCGGCGCCUCCGCCCCCCAUCCCGGCCUAUGGCGGAAUAGUGUAUCAAGAGCCUGUAUAUGGCAAUAAAUUGCUGCAGGGUGGCUACACUGCAUACCGCUAUGCCCAGCCUACACCUACCGCUGCCGCUGCCUACAGUGACAGUUACGGACGAGUUUAUGCUGCCGACCCCUACCACCACACACUUGCUCCAGCCCCCACCUACAGCGUUGGUGCCAUGAAUGGUUUUGCACCCUUGACUGAUGCCAAGACUAGAAGCCAUGCUGAUGACGUGGGUCUCGUUCUUUCUUCAUUGCAGGCUAGUAUAUACCGAGGGGGGUACAACCGUUUUGCUCCAUACUAAAUGACCAACAAAAUAACAAACAAACAAAAAACACCACCUUUCAAUGUGGGGAGAAAGGAAGUUUUCCGAAGCCUGAAUAUUGCAAUUCCUACAGUAGCAUAGCCUUUUAGCAACUCUAAAAAAAGAAAAGAAAAUUUAAAAAAUAAAGAAAAAAAAUUACAUUUUUUAUCUUAUACCUCAGAUAUUUUGUUCUGUGUAUUUUAAUAUCGUGGGUCUUUUAUUUCUGAAGAUUCCGUAGUUUGGUUGCUGGCUGUAGGAGUUUUGUUUUGUUUUGUUUUUUUUUCUGGUGGUUUGAGUUAGAGACAUACUAGAUAUGCACUAAUACAAACUGGCUUAAGGCCAGAUCCAGAGAGCACUAUAUCAUGUAAAUGACUGAUUAUAUAUGCUGAAUAUUAAGCUUAUGGGGGUUAUCAGCUGUUUGGGAGGAGAAGAAGUAACUUACAUAGUCCAUUUUCCCCUGCAUCUGCAUUCUUUUAGCUUAUGAAAGGAAAAGGGUGGGAGGUACUGGUCUGGGGUUUGGC